CAAAAAAGACGCCACUAACACAUAUAAUAAGAACACCACACAGGGAUACUAGGAUUUUUUCCUGUCAACUUUGUCACAUGCUUGCUAUUUCUUUUUACCAGCCUGAAUAUAUUUUUUACAUAUCUAUCAGUUUUACUACAUUAAAUUACAACUGGCAUGAGUGCUCCUGGUCCCAACAACAGUAGUGCGCCGCAAAUAGUUCCUGAAAGCAGCCUGCACUGCUAUAGCAACAAAAAUAGCAGCACCAGUGUCCGAGGCCUGGACAAAAUAAGUACCUCCAAAGUCGGAGGUGCCCAGCUCCCCGAAACAGCUCUGCAAUCCGAGCCACGAAUGUUCAACAGUGGCAUCAGGCCGGUUCGGUCGCUAAGCUCGUCAGAGAAAUGUGCCCCGGCAUUAGACGACAUCCAGCCAAGGGCGCAGCGCGGAUUGCGCAGGUUCAGCAUGGCCGGGCCCACGGGCAGCGGAGGCGGCAACGGGGGCCCAAAUCAAUCGCACACACUCUUGUCACUUCACACAUGGGCUGAGGAAGAAGACGAGAUGGCGGUAGAGGCAAGUCCAAGAAUAUAUGGACAUCCGUCGUUGGUGAGUAUCAGUGACACAAUGAGCUGCGGAUUGUCGACUGCUUCACAUGGCCCCCAGAUACUCGCAUCCCAGAUGCAGUAUCGUGGUCAGCUGCAGCCCCAACCGCAACAGCAGCCACAUCCGACGACAGUCCACCCGGGCCACAUGAGCAACUUGAGCAGUGGGAACUACCAGCCACAGCGGAUUGCCAAUCAUGGCAGCAUCAGCAGUGGCAGCAGCAAUAGUGUUGCCGCGGCAAACGGUGGCGGGGCCGUUAUAAACCGGUUUAUUCCCGAAACAACGUUUGGUUUUCAAGACAUGGGAUCUUCUAGCAGUUCCAGUGGGCCGUUUUCAGCACAGCAAACGGCAGGAAAUGGGGGGGGGAAUGGCAGGCGGCUGCGCACCCCGUAUUCUAUUUCUAUUCCUUCCAUGAUCGGAUCGCCGCUAUCAUUUACUCAGCCGUUUCUGGCUUCGCGCACAUCAAUUUAUGGAGGCCAGCCACCUUCUAGUCAGAUUCGUGCGGCCCACAUUGACUGGGACAGCCUGUCCAUGGUGGAGGAGGUGCAUGCUUUGGGCGGUGGAAAUCGUGGGGAUCUUCCAGUUUGGCAGCAUGGAUUACUGUUGUCGAUCGAUAUGCCUAAUGGGGCAAACUCCAGCGGCAAUGAUAUCACACCAAAGGGCAUUAGGGGCCAGCCGCACUCCGCGUUUCCGCGGCCCGUUAAUUCCGCACACAGCAUGCCAUUCCAGCAGCAGCAGCGGUUUUACCAACAGCAGCAACAGCAACACAUUUACCAACAGCUUCAACUCCAGCAGCAGUACAUGUGGCAACAGCAGCAAAAUAAACAGCAUCACAAUCAGCUGCAACAAAGCCAGCGGCAGCAUCAACUGCAUAAUCAACUGCAGCCUGGCCAAUCCCACAAACAAGCCCAAUCACAAACAAGGACAAUGGGCUUUUCCGAAUUUUUUCCGCAUCCCUCCUGCAUGCAGGGGGCACCCAUCAGCAGUUACAUCAGCAACAGCGGACCAUCAGCUGUUGCCCUUGGUAAUAUAUGCGCAAGCGCAGCGCAUAGGACCUUUCUGGAAAAGUGGGAAAAGCAGAUGGCAUGGGACUAUGCAUGCUAUCACCACCCGUUGCUGACGAGCUUCAGUAUUGCAUCGCCGCUUAAGCUAUCGGCUGCCUGGCGUUGGGUGCUUCUAUGUGUCAUUGCUUUUGCAACGGCGUACGUCCUUGUUGGUACCCUGCUUACCCUGAUGUUACUGUUGGCUCACUAAUAAC